AUGAAGUUAAUAAUUCACGAUACAGCCGAUAAAGUCGCUGAAUUUGCUGCAUUGUACGUUCUGAAACGAAUCAAUGAAUUCAAUGCUGGACCGGACCGGUAUUUUACAUUGGGUUUACCGACAGGCUCAACGCCGCUGGGAAUGUACAAAAAACUGAUUGAACUGCACAAAGCAGGCAGAGUAUCGUUUCAGUAUGUGAAGACGUUCAACAUGGACGAAUAUGUUGGUGUUUUUUUCUCAGGAUUACCUCGUGAUCACCCAGAGAGUUAUCACUCGUUUAUGUUCAAAAACUUCUUUCGACACAUCGAUAUUGAUCCAGCAAAUGUGAACAUUCUGGAUGGUAAUGCAAGUGACCUAGUGAAGGAAUGCGAC